UUUUUCCCUACCAAUUAGGUCCACCACGUGCUACUCAACGGCUUGAAUGAAUCCUGGUGAGGGCUCUUCUUCCUCAAAGGAUGAUGAACAACAAAACAUUACCCCUCCUACUCCAAUAGGUACGCCGGUGAUUGUAUCUUCUCCUACACUGCCUAGACCUCAGGUAGCCAGUGUUCCAAAAUUUUCGUUUAAUUCUCAAUUUCGUAUGCGAUCUUCUUCACUCAGACCUCAAAAAUUUCAUCCUAAUCCGUUCUUUAAUUAACCACCAGUUUAUUCCAAUCUUCAACAACAGUUUCCUGUCCCUCAUGUUUAUCCUCCUCAGUUUAUUCCCAUAUCUAACUUCCCCAAUAUUUUCCGAGCUCAUUUGUUUCCUAAGCAGUUUUCCCCCAAUCCUUAUCUAUUCUUACCUCAACCUCUUACUAUUAAGUUGAAUGAUACCAACUUCUUGCUAUGGAAAAAACAGUUGUUGAAUGAUAUCCAUGCCAACGGCCUUGAGGGUUUUUUUGAAUGGUAUGGUUCCUACCUCCCUAAGUUUCUGGAUGCCAAUAAUUUGCAAAUGAACCCGAAAUUUCAAGCAUGGGAAAGAUUGACAUGGAAAAUUCAACAGAUGUCGUUUGAUGUGGACUCUAAGUCCAAACAUGGUAUACUCAUGUCUGCAUCUAGGAAGUUUCAGACUUUCAAGACCACAUUGACUCAAAAGUUCAUACUUCUAUUUAAGAAUAAACCCUCGGUCUUGCAAUUUCUUCCCCAACAAUAUUCUCAUAUAGAGCAAGAUCAGUGGAUAUCGUUUGUUAAUGAACGAUUGAGUGAAGAAUGGGAUGAAAUAAGUUGUCUUCAAAAAGAAAGAAGGUCGAAAUGUGUAUAUAAUCAUCACAUUUCUCGGAAGGGUUAUGUGAAUCUUUCCCAAGAAUUAAAUAUAUCGAGUGAUCAUUCUUAUCGAGCGACUUUAUGAAAAGAAGCACGAAAAGGAAAAAAUAAUGAAUACUUUGAUGAAGCCACUCGAGAAUGUGCCAAUCGAAUUGUAAGUUUAUAUUGUGCGAAGUUGAAGAUGGCAUAUAUAUAAUGUCUAAAACUUGUGAUGAUAUAGAUACUGUGUGAAAAUUGUAAUAUGUUUUACAGGAUAAAUUAGCCAAAGUCUAUGAAGGUGAAGAUGUUUGGACCAAAACUUUGGGUACAGAUGAACAUUGGGGAUGUGUUAGAGGAGUGGGUGAUUUUAUUUUCCAUUCCCAAUAUUUCAAAUUAGUAAAACCAAAGUCCUCAAUGAGCCAAGAAAUUGAAGGAGACUCUAAUGAAAAAAAUGUUCGACAUGGUAAAUUGUCAAGAGAAAAAGUUAAUGGCAGACAAUAUCAUCAGUCCAAAUAAUCUGUUGGAAGUGUCACACUAAGUGCAUCUGAAGAAGAAGAUACUAAGAAGAUGCCUAAAGAAGAUUUGGACAUAAUUUAUUUGUUGUGACUUUUAAAUUUUAAUCAUAUUGUGCUUAACCAUGCAUGACAUUAGUUCUUUUAAAUUUGUUAAGGGGACACCAUGUCACUUGGCUAUAGGAACUGUAGAUAAUAUUGUUGCAGUAGCCAUAGCAUUUGAUGAUGAUGUGUCAUGCUUAAUUGUUAAAGUUCUUAUUGACAUUAUCAUUGGAGAAGAUUUACCAA